AUGCCUGCUGCUUCCCUUUACAUCGCCUACCCGGCUGGCUCGGAGUUCAACGUCGACUACUACAAGAACAAGCACCUGCCGCCGGCCAUCGCGGGCUGGUCGAAGGCCGCCGGCUUUGUCGGCUACAAGCUGCAGACCCCUGUGGGUCAGGGCAGCCCCUACGAUGCCGUGCUGCAGGUCACUUUCGAGAGCCUCGAGGCCCUCGGCAAGUCUCAGGCCGCUAUCACCCCCGAGCAGAUGCAGGCCCUCAAGGACGAUGUUCCUAACUUCAGCAAGAACCCAGCGGCCCACUGGGUCAUGGAGGUCCAAGACGGCGCCUAA